CAAAAUUACAUGUAAAUCUUGAUGUUAAGCAAGAUUGUAUUAUAUAAAUUAUUUAUCUGCAAAGAUUUUUUUUCUUAUAAAGUUUAAUUUUCUAUAAUAACGAUUAAAUUUAUUGUCGUCUAUAUUUGGUUACAAACUCAAGUAUUAAUUCAAGAUGGCGGAUAUCAUGUGAUUGGACCGUCGGUAAAACAGUACAGCAUGUGAUAUUUUACAACAAAGGUACCGAUGCUAGCUCAGGAUCGGCAGGAAUGCAGCCCGAGCGAGAUGUUCAAACAAGAGGAAGAUACGGAACAUCUGCUGAUCGGAAAUCGUUUGCACGUGCCGACCGUGGAGAAUACGGAGAUAAUCAUCACCGAUGGUAUCGUGCAGUGCGAUCUCUGCGGGGACGGUUUCGUCUCCGAGCAUGCUCUGGCGCUCCAUUUAAAAGUUCACGAGCAGGACGAGGUGCAGGUGCAAGACGACCAGUUUGUAUGCGAGCACUGCGGUUGCAGUUUCGCGAAGAUGUCCACGUUCAAGGAGCAUCAAGCUGAGCACGAAGCUAACGAGAGUUACGUUUGCGAGACGUGCGACUAUGUUAUGGACGACAAAGAAAGUUUGAUAGCUCAUCAGAAGCAGCACAAUAUAGAGUACGAGUGCGAGAUUUGCGGAGCGAGUUUCGAUUCUUCGACGGGUUACGAGGAACACCAGGCAGCGCACUCGGACGAGAAACCGUUCCAAUGCGAGAUAUGCCACGCUCCGUUCCGCUAUCGUCAAGGUUUGAGAUUGCACGCGAAGCUGCACCAACCUGAUUACGUGCCGCCACAGAGGAAGCACCACUGCGAGCUGUGCAACAAACGUUUCUCGAGGAAACAGGUGUUGCUGGUGCACAUGAAGACCCACGGGAACGUGGGCCCCCAGAACGAAUACAUUUGCCCGGUCUGCGGCAAGGCUGUGUCGAGUAAGACUUACUUGACCGUGCAUUUACGAAAGCAUACAGGUGAGAAACCGCACGUUUGCGAUCUCUGCGGCAAAGGAUUUAUCUCUCAAAAUUAUCUGAGCGUGCACCGGCGCACGCACACGGGCGAAAGGCCCCACAAGUGCACCCACUGCGAGAAACGAUUCACCCAACGCACCACCCUGGUGGUGCACCUCAGGGGCCAUACAGGCGAUCGACCGUACCCUUGCACGUGUUGUCAUAAAUCUUUUGCCUCGAAAACGAUGCUGAACUCGCACUUAAAGACUCACGCUAAACAGAGUGCGCGACAGCAGCAGGAGCAACAGCAACAGCAACAGUUGAAACAGGAACAAGAGGUCCAGCAUCAAGAGCAGUCUCUUGAUACGAUAACUAUAUUGUUACCUAGUUAGGAUUAUUUCGUACGAUCGACGAAUAAUUAUUCUGAAAAACGAUUACAAGGCCUUGUGUAAAAGAGUUUAUCCACUUGUAAGGAGAAAGUUACUUAUGGUUACUAUGCUUAUACAGUAUGGCGGUGGGGUGGUAUUUGUAUUAUUUAUGAUCGAAAGAGGGAUAGAUAUUUUAAUCAGUCGUGAUUGUAAUAAUGAAUGGUUGUUUAUUUUUAUACAAUGAUGGAAUUGUAACAGAGGAACAAUUAAGAUGUUGAGAAAAAUAAUUCGUGUUAGUGUUUGAAGCAUUUAUUACGCACAUAUAUAGUUCACGAUGAAUCACUGUUCACAUUCUUGAUAUUCAUUGAAUGAAUUGAAACAUAAUUCUUGAAUAAUAACGAUGUUUCAAUGUUGUAACUUUUUAAUGAUGACGAGGAUGAGACGAUAAUGUGCUAUAUACGAGUUCCUCGCCAACGUGUUUAUGAAAUAAUGUACGUUUAAUGUCUCGGCUCAAUGCUGUUUUAUUGCAUCUUGGCCACGGAUAGGUGUCGAAAUUGCAAGGCAGAAGAAGAUGAAAGACAGUGAUCAUUUUUUUUUUCUUUAGAGAUCGUUUGUUAAGAUAGAUCUCGGUUGAGAAGAUGAUCAAUUUUCCAGGGAUAAUAAAAAAAACAUGGAUGGCCAGGAUGCAAAGCAUUCCUGUAGUAAUUUUCGACUAUUCUUUUUUAUAUUUGCAUUUAAUCUUUUUUAUACUAUCGAUCGAUUUUGCAUAAUUAUUAUGCAAAGUUUAAGACGAAUUCCAUUUUAUUAACACAUUCAAACGAAGUUAAUUGUAAGUUAACUUAACCCCCUUUUCCUUUUUUUGUAAUAAUUAACAUACAAAUAGAGAGAUACGAAAAUUGUAAAUCUGCAUAUAAUAGUUUCUUACCGAUGUUACGAUCUUCUUGUAAAAUUUCACGUUUUAUACUUCAUUCUCGCGCAAGCGUUGAGAGAAAUUUUUUAUGUAGAAUUUUAUAGAACAACCGUCCACGCUUCGAUAGGUUUUAUAUUUUUCCUGAAUACUCAAUAUUAUUUUAUACGCACAUACAUUGAUUUACCACUUCUUCGUAAAUAUUAUAUAUGUAUAAAGUUAUUACAUAGAAUUUUGCAAGAGGUGCUUUAAAUUAGUAAUUGAUAAAUAUACGGAUAGUGCCUUAGUUGUUAUGCGGUAUUUAUAAUUAAUCCGCGAAAAAAGGGAAAAAAAAAAAGAAAAAUAUAUA